AUGGCCGCAGCAGGGUCCCAGCAGCUCCAGUUCGCAGAAGGCGCCGCUUUCCCCACUUUUCCUGACGCGCACCCUAGAGAGCCCCUGCUCCCGUCUUCGCGCCCAGGCACUGGGCUGCCCUCGGCGCUUCCCGACUCCCGAGCCCCAGCGGUUACGCCGCCGUGCUUUCCAAACAGAGCCCCAGGACCAACAACGCAGACCCCCGCCAGCCUGGAUCCUCCCGGACCCCCCAAAAGCUCGGCCGCUCCGUCGGCGCCGCAGCGUCGCAAGCGCACGUCGUUUAGCUCGGAGCAGCUGCAGUUGCUGGAGCUCGUCUUUCGCCAGACCAUGUACCCUGAUAUCCACUUGCGGGAGCGCCUCGCUGCGCUCACGCUGCUCCCGGAGUCCAGGAUUCAGCUGAGCAGGGUUUUUGUUUUUGUUUUUUCCCCUCCUGCCCCCAAGGUGUGGUUCCAGAACAGACGAGCCAAGUCCAGGCGCCAGAGUGGGAAGUCAUUUCAGCCCUUAUCCUCAAGGCAGCAAGUUUUCCUCCAUCGCCCCUCGGCUCCUGGGCCUGACGCAAGAACUUUGAAGCCCCAGCUGCCUCUAGAGGCAGAGGUGAACUGCCUUCCGGAUCCCAGCAGGGCUGGAGGAGGUGCCUUCGUGCCUGGCUCCCAAGGUCAGAGUUUUGAAACCUAUUCACCUCUCUCUGAAGAUACCACCUCAAAGUUGGACUCAUGGGAGGAGCAUAUCUUUUCCGCCUUAGGUAACUUUUGA